AUCACUUUGACCGGCGAUAAAUUGGUAAUAGGCCUCAUUGUGGAGACUAUAUCAUCCCUUCAGGAGAAGCCUCAUUCUACAGCUAUUGGUUGCCGACAGUUACGCAAUUAUCGGCUUUCGUCUGGGCUGAAGAGCACCAAUAGCUCGCAGAAAUGUCUUCCAAGCCCAUUUUGUACUCCUGUUAUUCGGGCUCCUGUCCGUACAGAGUGCGGAUCGCACUGGCUUUGAAGAAUGUUGACUAUGAGUACAAGUCGGUCGAGGUGUUAAAAGAGGGAGGAGAGCCUGGCGAUCAGCUGUCCCCGGAAUUCACGAAGAAGAACCCGAUGCAACAGCUGCCGGUGCUCGAUAUCGACGGUGAACCACUCUCACAAUCGCUCGCGAUCAUCGAGUAUCUGGAAGAGAAGUAUCCCGAGCCCAGGUUGCUGCCAGACGAUAUCAUUCUACGAGCAAAGGUUCGCGCCAUUGCGCAUUUGAUCGCAUCUGGCAUUCAACCCUUCCAGAAUGUCAGCGUUACCCGCAGACUGGAAGUCGGAAAGAAUCUCGACUGGUGCACGCAUUUUAUCACCAAAGGAUUUCAAGCUUUAGAAGCAGUGCUCUCCAAGACGGCGGGAAAGUACUGCGUCGGGGACAGCGUCACCAUGGCCGACAUCUGCCUGGUGCCUCAGGUGCUCGGCGCGGCAAAAAACAGGAUUGACAUGACUCCGUUUCCGACCAUCAUGCGCAUAUACUGCGCGCUCAUGGAGCUGCCAGCUUUCAAGGUUGCCCACCCAUCCCGUCAACCAAAUGCGCCCGACAAUUACGCAAAAUUUACGGAUCUGGAGAAGAUUGCAAAGUAAAACAGUUUCCGUAA